AGAGAUAAAUAAAACAAAAUAAGAAAAAUCUCCCCAUUGCUCCUCCUGCUCUGCUUCGUUUCCACGCGCACGAAACCCUAGAUAAGAAUCCUCUCGAUUCCUCGGUUCUCCUCGCCGCAAUUCCCCCCUCUCGCCGCCCCCGGUUCCGCCCCAAGAUCGGCCCGGUUCCGCCGCCCGGACCCCGGGGGACCCCCUCUCCUCCUCGAUCCGUUCGGGCGGCCGGCCGGCCAGCGUGAGUGGCAGGGAUGGUGUUCUACUUCAAGGCGCGGCCCGAGGCCGGCGACUACACCAUCUUCAUGGGCCUCGACAAGUACGAGAACGAGGACCUCAUCAUGUACGGCUUCCCCGAGGACAUCUGGUUCCAUGUAGAUAAGAUGUCCUCUGCGCAUGUAUAUGUGAGACUGAAUAAAGGCCAGACAAUGGAUGACAUGAGUGAAGGUCUGCUGGAAGACUGUGCACAGCUUGUCAAAGCUAAUUCCAUUCAAGGCAAUAAAGUCAAUAACAUUGAUGUAGUUUAUACUCCAUGGUACAAUUUGAAGAAGAGCCCUUCAAUGGAUGUGGGUCAAGUUGGUUUUCACAACCCUAAAUUGGUUCGGACCAUUAAAGUAGAAAAGAGGAUCAAUGAGAUUGUGAACCGCUUGAAUAAGACAAAGGUGGAGCGGAAGCCUGACUUGAAGGCUGAAAGAGAGGCUGUGAGUGCUGCUGAAAAGACAGAAAGAAAGGUACAGCUUAGAGACAAGAAACGUAGGGAAGAAAUGGAAAGGCUUGAGAAGGAGAAGCAAGCGGAAAUAAGGAGCUACAAGGGGCUUAUGGUCCAAGAGAAGAUGACUUCUAACAGGCAAAUCGCAUCUGGCAGCAAGACCCUCCAAGAGCUCGAAGAAGACUUUUUUUGAACAACAUACCUGUAUUAUGGUUAAGGAAACGUACACAUACCAGUACAAGUAUGUAUAAGGAUACAGAGUACAGCUGUCCCCCCUAACUUUACAAAAAGGACCUCGAGAGAAAAGAAAAUUGCAACUAA